AGGAAGAUGCUCCAGACCAGUAACUACAGCCUGGUGCUGUUCCUGCAGUUCCUGCUGCUUUUCUACGACUUGUUUGUCAACUCCUUCUCUGAGCUGCUCCGCACGGCUCCUGCUGUCCAACUUGUCCUCUUCAUUAUCCAGGACAUUGCCAUCCUCUUCAACAUCAUCAUCAUCUUCCUCAUGUUCUUCAACACCUUCGUCUUCCAGGCCGGUCUGGUCAACCUCCUCUUUCACAAGUUCAAGGGGACCAUCCUCCUGUCAGCAGCCUACCUGGCGCUCAGCAUCUCCUUCCACGUCUGGGUCAUGAACCUGCGGUGGAGAGACUCCAGCCGCUUCGUGUGGACCGAAGGCCUGCAAACGCUUUUUGUCUUCCAGCGACUGGCGGCUGUGCUUUACUGCUACUUCUACAAGAGGACGGCAGUGCACCUGGGCGACCCCCUCUUCUAUCAGGACUCGCUGUGGCUGCGCAAGGAGUUUGCUCAGCUCCGCGGCUGACGGCUCUGCUCGGGCUGUCAGCUGCCUGCCACCUCGCCUCAGCAUCCACAGGCAGCUCCUGGGGCGAGCAGCACGCUUGCACGCAGUAUCAGCUCUCGCCCAUGCCAGCUCUGCUGGGGUCCCCUCCAUUCCUCCUCAUCCGUGGGCCCAGCUGCUGCCUCGCUGGGGAUGGAUCCACGAGGCCGGAGGGCUCGUCUAGGCCCUGUGACUCCAGCCCAGACAUGUUCCUCCUCUUCCUUCUCCUCCUCUUCCUGGGAACCUGCCCUUACACCUGCUCCAGCGCGGCUCACUCCAGUGGCAGCAGGAGCUGCAGGAUGCAUGCAGCAGGCCCAGCCAUGCAGUGGGAGGGCUCUGUCCCAGCAUUACAUCCCCUGCUGGGACUUAGGAGUUUUUGUAAAUUAUAAAGAAAUAAAUUGGCUGUGUUUUCCA